AUGGCGAUAUGGAUUAAGUUGCUCUGGGCAAUGGUGCUGAAGCUUCCAAAUGAACCAAACCUUGAUUCGUAUAGGGCCUUAUGUUGUGUUCAUGUUGAACAAGAUUUCUUCUAUAACAUAGUACAUGUACAGAAACACAGGAGAGCGAGAGCAGUAGUUCGUUUUAGCAACUUUGUCAGGUCUGGCAAUCUGUCGAAUGUCAUUACUUAUGAAGUGUUUGUACCACUGCUCUUUAGCAUGCUGUUUAAUGUACCAGAUGGGAAGGAUGAGAAUAGAAGAAGUGCAUGUAUUAACGCCCUGGCGUCAAUAUCUGGUUGCAUGAAGUGGAAUCAGUACUACGCCUUGCUAGUCAGAUGUUUGCGAUAUUUGGGGCUGAAACCAGACAGGCAAAAACUUUUGUUGCGACUUAUCGGCGCUAUACUUGAUAGAUUCCAUUUUCAGGAGUCAUUUCUGAUCCAUGAAUCUAAAGGUCUUGCUUCUGAUGCACCCAGUCCUUACACCGUUAACAUGAAGUCUUCAUCAUCUCUGAUGAGGAUCACUGAUCACGGCGAACUACCUAUCAUACAAGAGAGUUUGCUCAAACACAUUUUUCCCAAGGUUCAGAAGUUGUUGGCCUCCGAUUUUGACCGUAUGAAUGUUAACAUCUGCUUGGUUGCACUGAAACUUAUAAAAUUGCUCCCCAGUGAUAUCAUGUACUCUCAACUUCCAACUGUUGUUCACCGUAUUUCAAACUUCCUAAAAAAUCGGCUUGAAAGUGUACGUAAUGAGGCUAGGUCUGCGCUGUCUGCUUGCUUGAAGGAACUAGGGUUGGAGUAUUUGCAAUUUAUUGUCAAAGUCUUGAAGGGCAUACUGAAGAGAGGCUAUGAAUUACACGUGCUAGGAUACACACUCAAUUUCUUGCUGUCUAAGUUCCUCAGGACUCCAAUCUGCGGAAAGUUGGAUUACUGCUUGGAUGACCUCCUUACUGUUGUACAAAACGAUAUACUUGGGGGUGUUUCUGACGAGAAAGAAGUUGAAAAGAUUGCUUCUAAAAUGAAAGAGACCAGAAAGCAGAAAUCUUAUGAAACUCUAAAAUUGAUUGCCCAGAGUGUCACUUUCAAAACUCAAGCUUUGAAACUUCUUUCUCCUGUUACAGUUAAUCUGCAUAAGCAGCUCAACCAAAAUCUUAAGUUGAAAUUGGAGAACAUGUUAAAACACAUAGCUGCUGGUAUUGAAAGUAAUCCAUCUGUGGAGCAGACAGAACUAUUCAUAUUUGUGAAUUGCCUCGUUAAAGAUGGCAUCGGUGAUGAAGGUAAUGGACAGGGGUAUGGGCCUAUUUCCUGGGCGGAUUAUGGAGAUGCUGAGAGUAUCCAACCAAUCGAAAGCAACAGACUAGUGAAUGUGGACAGGCAAUUUUCUCAUUUGAUAACAGCGUUUGCUCUUGAAGUUCUGCAUAACUACUUGAAGAAACUGAAGCCUAGUGCAGAGGAUGGACAACUUUUAUCAAUGCUUGAUCCUUUUGUAAGUUUAUUGGGUCAAUGUUUGAGCUCAAAGUAUGAAAACAUUAUAAUAGCUGCAUUUAGGUGCUUUAGUCUGAUGGUGCGGUUGCCUUUGCCAUCACUUCAAUUGCAAGCUGACAAGAUAAAGAAUUCUUUGUUGGUUAUAGCUCAAGGAUCAGUUAAGAUUAACUGUCAGUUGAUUGAGUCUUGUAUGAAGUUGUUAACAACGCUUCUACAAAGCGAGAGAGUCACACUUUCCACUGAUCAGUUGCAUAUGCUGAUCCAAUUUCCAUUGUUUGUUGAUUUUGCAAAAAGGCCCUCAUUUGUUGCGCUUUCACUGUUGAAAGCUAUCAUACACCGAAAGCUGUUAGUUCCUGAAAUAUAUGAUCUUGUCCAGAUUGUUGCAGAGAUGAUGGUACAAAGUCAAGAUGAGCCCAUUCGUAAAAAGUGCAGUAAAAUAUUGCUUCAAUUUUUACUGGGUUACCAACUUUCUCAGAAGCGCUUGCAAGAACAUCUUGAUUUCUUACUUGCAAAUUUGAGUUACGAGCAUUCCAGUGGAAGGGAAGCUGUCCUUGAGAUGCUCCAUACCAUUAUCGUGAAAUUUCCACAGAAUGUUGUGGAUGCACAAUCACAGACACUGUUUCCGUAUUUGGUCAUUUCUUUGGCUAAUGACGACGACACAAAUGUUAGACAGAUGUCUGCUGUUGCAAUGAAGUUUCUCAUUGGGCAUGUUAGCUCACAUUCUCUUCACUCAAUACUUGAGUGUAGCCUGUCUUGGUACAUUGAAGGAAAACAGAGCCUAUUGGGUGCCGCAGCACAGGUUCUGGGUUUACUAGUGGAAGUUAUUGGAAAGAAUUUUCAAAUACACCUCAUUAAAGUACUUCCUGCAAUCAGAACCAAUCUUCAGUCAGCAUACAAUGCUCUUGCAUCAACUCAACAAGAUUUAUCAGAUGUUUUAGUAAUUCCAUUCUGGAAGGAGGCAUAUUAUUCUCUGGUUUUGUUAGGGAAGAUCCUAAGUCAAUUUCAUAACUUGUUCCUUGAUAGCGAGCUUGAGGCUUUUUGGGAAACCAUCUGUGAAUUCCUCUUGCAUCCUCAUUUGUGGCUGCAAAACAUAUCAUGCCAGAUUUUGUCCUCUUACUUCACUGCAGUGGCCAAUAGAGAUAAGAGCAAAGUCAGAGCAGAAGCAUUCUAUCUCAUGAAACCGAGCAUACUCUUCCAUGUAGCUGUUUCUUUGUGCUGUCAGCUGAAGGUGCCAUUGAGUGAUAAUGGAACUGGAAUACUUAUCAAGCAAAACCUCGAGUUCUCAAUUUCUGCACUCCAUUCUUUCUUAAAGAAUAAUGAAUACAUGGAUGUUUCUAGCUUCUGGUUAAGCCUUGACAGUGCCGAGCAAGAAUGCUUCCUUAAAGCUUUUGGUAUUCUUGAUCCAAGAAAAGGGAAGAGAACUCUUCAAUCUUUUAUUUCUGAGGCUGAUGCUCAACAUGACAAAAAUCAGCAUCCAUUUAUUUCUUAUUUUCUCCAGAGAAUGGGGAAGCUUACUCUUCAGAUGGAGGCCAAUCAGAUGAAAAUCAUGUUCGAGUUUUACAAGGCAAUAUCACCACAGCUCCUCCAUUUUUUGAAGAAAACUUCACCUGCAAGCUUUGAUGAUGUCCGCAGUUUUGCGUAUCAACUGCUGUUGCCAUUGUACAGAGUCUGCGAAGGUUUCACCGGACAAGUUAUUUCUGAUGAUCUGAAACAACUAGCUGAAGAGGUCAGGGAUGACAUAAGAGGCAUAAUUGGAGACGAUAAAUUUGUUGAAUUUUACGGACAAAUAUGCAAAAAUAUCAAGGCGAAGCGUGACAAAAGGAAACAAGCAAUGAAGGUGAUGGCUGUUGUGAAUCCGAUACGCAAUGCCAAGAGGAAGCUCAAGAUAGCUGACAAGCAUCAAGCUUACAAGAAAAGGAAAAUGAUGACCAUGAAAAUGGGUAGAUGGAUGCAUUGAGAUAUCCACUUUGAUCUAUGCUAUGGCUUAUGUUUUGUGUUAUUUCCUUAAUUUAGUUUCUUAUUUUCUUCUGUA